UAAAAGAACACAAAUAAAAAUAACACCACCAUUAACACGUCACAACACAAACAAGAUCACAUAAGAUGAACAGAAAAUUAAAUACCCAAACAUUCAAAAGUCGCCCCGUUGGAAACACACGAUGCUGGCCGAGACACAGCAACAUGGCGGCCUCUGAACACAUCCUUAACCUCACCCGUCCAUCUGACCCCCGUUGUGACCUCUCCUCUGACCCCGCUGACCUCGAACGCUAUUACGUGAAGGGGCAACAGGUCAGCGUCACGGAAGACCUUCGCACCGAGUUCAAAGGUCACAGGAACAUUAGUGUGUUUGACCUCCCCUCCAGCUGGUCACGUGACGCCAGACAAAAAACCAGGAGUGCUGUUUCCGCGAGUGUGGGCGCCCUUCUGAACACGGGCGUGGGCGGGACGGUGUAUCUGGGUGUGAGUGAUGAGGGAAAGGUCGUGGGCCUUCCUCUAACUGGCCACCAGCAGCAGCACAUCACAGCCUCUCUCUCCUGGACUCUCUCUCGCUUCACGCCGCCUGUCGGAGAGCACAGAUACCGCGCUCUCUUCAUCCCAGUUGUAAACAAACACUGCCCCGCGACACACACUGCUCGAAGCUCUGCCUGGACACCGUAAGACGCCUGCUCAUUCACCGCACACACCGCCACUACUCCCAACAGCUGGCGUCACUCAGAGCUCACCUAGACACUACGCAGCCUCGCCAGGGACAAGGGGCUUGUAGAGGCUGGCGAGGAGAGAGACAAGGAUACGAGAUGUGAGGGAGGGCUUUAGAGAGUAGUAUCAGGGAGAUGUAUAGUGUUGGGUGGUUUAGGAGGUAGAAAAUUGGGAUUAAUGAUUGAUUGGUGUAAAAGAUUGUAUUUUAUGUGGAGAUAGAAUUGAAGGAGAGUUAUAGAAAGGUGCUAGAAGUGCUGGAAGCGAAGGGAAGAAUGGGAUUGGAUGAUACGAGGAAGAUUUUUAGGUGGUGCUGUGCUAAAAGUGAUUAGGGAGUGAGAUUAGUUGAUCAGUAAAAGGUUAAGUGAGAUGUGGAGUUAAAGGAGAGAAGGAAAUUUUUAGAUACGUUACUAGGAAAGAAAUAAUGUGUUUGAUUGAUUGAUUAAGUUAUUGACUGGUGAGUGUAGAGACAGUUGAGUGAUAUGGUGGUGGGAGAAAGGAAGAAGAUCGUUGAUAAGAAAGGAAAGAAAAAUAUUGUUGAAAUUUUUAAUGAAUCCGUAAGAAAAAUAAAUAGAAUUGUUAUAAAUAUGUAAAUAACAAUGGAUAUGAAAGAAAUAGUUAAUAAUGAAGUGAAUGAGAAAACAGUUUAAUCAGGUUCAAGCAAAUCUAGUUCGUUUAAUUUUCAGGUACAAAUCUACGAAAGUGAUUUGCUACAUUUCAGAAAGUCUGCGGUCCCGCCCUGUCGCGUUCUACUAACUCUCGCGGCCAUGACUUCAUAAAUCCAUCAAAAUCAAUUAUCAUGUUUCUUUAAGCCCACAUAAAGAACGAAUUGGGCUACAUCUUAUUACAAGGAAACAUUCUAUACAUUUUUUUAUUACGUUUCCCAUUUUCUUUUGCGUUUCAUUAAUUCUAGUGAUAAAGUUUGAUAAGAUUAGAUAUAUUAGUCAAAGUAUGAUUCAACUCCUUUUGACCUAAAAACUACAAAAAUGCUCAAAAGUGUUCUCAAAGUCUACGGGGGAAGUUUACAAUGUUUCAGUAAGUGUAGAUGUUAUUAACUUGUUUAUUUUUUAGUCUACGUGGAAGAUUAUUGUUAUAUUUUGAGACGUUAUUGUUGUUUUGGGUUAUUUAUUUCAUAUUUAAUGCCACUGUUGUUGCUGUUAUUAUUGUUAUAUAUCGUAAGAGUAAUGUAACUUUUUCGUGUGUAUUAUUAUUAUUAUUAUUAUCUUAUUUAUAUGAAUGAUACUUAAUUUUUUUCUCCCUUCCCAUUUUCUCCUUUUCCAAAAUUUUUAUAGCUUUGUUUCCUUCAAAUUUUCUCUUCAUAACUCGUUUCUUCUCCUUUCCCUCAUCUUUCUUCUCUUUCUCUUGCUGCCUUCCUCUUCCUACCUAUCUCUCAUCAUUGUUUUCCUUUCGUUCCUUACUUCACCUCUUCUUAUAUUUACUAUCUCCAUACCAACCUCUCUCUCUCUCUCUCUCUCUCUGUUCACCAUUUCUCUCUUCAAACUAACUUCUCUUCUUCCUUUUUCUCUCCACAGUCUUUCCCUCUUCUAUCUCCUGUUCAGCUUCC